CAGCAGCGCCCAGCGGAAUAUCCGAGACCUGUGAUGCGGUGCGCAGGAAACGCAGCGGCAUCCGAUUAGGCCGGGCCUGCUGAUCGAUAAGCUCCUCCUCCUCUCGUACUUUAUAAGAGGAGCAAGAGCCCCCUUCUCCUCAUUGCCCUCGCAUCCCUCCCAGAGAACCAGAACCGGGGCAGCAAGAAACCAAACCAAGUUCUGAGCUUGCAACCUCCUCGACCUCCUCUUCCUCUUCGUGGCAUCGGAAGAUAACUCCAUCCCCAACAACAAAUUAAAACCUCAGGGAAUGCUGAAAGAUGUGCUUUCAUAGAGGAGAUUUCUGCUGCCAGAUAAAGGAGAUCGCUGCUCCGCAAGGGCUGCCGGGCUGCUCAACCUUUGAUGUGCGCGAUCACCUUACCUGCAUCAACUCUACACUAUUCAGACUCCGACAUGACCAAGCCAUAAGAAUACUGUUCACCAUCCUGGAUCAUGACAUUGGGGAGGAUGGCUAAAGCAUUGCGGUCCACCUGAUUGGCAGCCAAAAGAUAACCCUGUGAUUUAUAUUGUUGAAGGCAUGGAGAGUAGUGGAAAGAUUUUAAUGGAGCGGUAUGAGUUGGGGAGAUUGUUGGGAAAAGGCACAUUUGGCAAGGUGCACUAUGCAAGGAACCUUGAGUCAAACCAGGGUGUUGCCAUUAAGAUGAUGGAUAAGGACAAAGUGCUGAAGGUCGGGCUUUCAGAGCAGAUAAGGCGUGAGAUCACAACAAUGCGGUUGGUGGCUCAUAAGAACAUUGUUGAGCUUCAUGAGGUCAUGGCAACACGGAACAAGAUCUACUUUGUCAUGGAGUAUGUGAAAGGUGGUGAACUCUUUCGCAAGAUUGAGAAAAGUGGCAAGCUCACGGAGGCAGCUGCACAUAAGUACUUCCAGCAGCUCAUUAGUGCAGUGGAUUACUGCCACAGCCGAGGCGUGUAUCACCGGGACUUGAAGCCUGAGAACCUGCUGUUGGAUGAGAAUGAGAACCUGAAGGUUUCAGAUUUUGGACUGAGCGCACUUUCGGAGUCAAAGAGGCAAGAUGGCUUGCUCCAUACCUCCUGUGGAACACCUGCAUAUGUAGCUCCAGAGGUGAUCAGCAAGACAGGCUACGAUGGUGCAAAAUCAGACAUCUGGUCUUGUGGUGUUGUCCUAUUUGUUCUUGUUUCUGGUUAUCUCCCUUUCCAAGGUCCAAACUUGAUGGAGAUGUACCGGAAGAUACAGCUAGGUGAUUUCAGGUGCCCUAGUUCGUUUUCACACAAACUCAAGAAGCUGCUGUACAAGAUCCUGGACCCCAACCCAGGCAAAAGAAUAUCAAUCCAGAAGAUAAAAGAGUCUACCUGGUUCCGGAAAGGUCCUGGGGAGAUCCGUGCAGUAAAGGAGAGAAUUCCCAGUGAGAAUGCCACCACAAAUGCUGCUCCGACCCUUGCUGUGAGGCGGAAGAAGAAUGGUCAUGAAGAUGUGAAGCCCCUGACUGUCACAAACUUAAAUGCCUUUGAAAUUAUCUCUUUCUCCACAGGGCUUGAUCUCUCUGGCCUAUUUAUUGAAAAGGAGUCCAAAAAGGAGGCAAGGUUUACUUCAGAUAAGCCUGCCUCAGCCAUAAUCUCGAAGCUUGAAGAUGUUGCAAAGACACUGAAUCUCAGGGUGAGGAAGAAGGAUAAUGGUGUAGUCAAGAUUCAAGGGAGGAAGGAGGGAAGGAAUGGUGUCCUUCAGUUCGACACAGAGAUCUUUGAGAUCACUCCAUUCCAUCAUCUCGUUGAGAUGAAACAAACAAGCGGUGAUUCACUUGAGUACCGAAAACUAUUGGCAGAGGACAUCCAGCCAGCGCUAAAGGACAUAGUCUGGGCGUGGCAUGAAGAUGAUCAGCAGAAGAAGCAAGAGUAGCUUUGGAUGUCUCGGUCACUUAGGUUCUUUUCCAAAAAUUUGUUGGGUUUUCCAGCUCGAGUGAUUAUUUUUUAUAUGCAUGUGUUUUUUUAACAGCUUUUUUUAAAAUUGGUAAAACACCUUUUGAAUGGUUACGAUGUGCAACAUUAGGUUUGUCAAGGGUAAAUCCCUGACAGUGAUUCCGGGGUAUGUUGGACUGUGGGUGCGUGAACGGUGUUUCAGGGACUGGGUGUGCCUGUGUGUAGAUGAUGGACUCGGGGACAUCAGGAGUUAUACAGGUUCAGGUCUCCUGGAGGAUAACAAUCCUACGUCCUGUGUUUGUGUUGUCGUAGAUCUC